GCCGACUCCACUUCCGGCCGGCCUCCCUCUCGCGCUUCCGGUGUGGGCGCCGGGGGUCCUGGUGGAAAUGGCUUGCGCCGCCGCGCGCUCCCCGGCCGACCAGGACCGGUUUAUUUGUAUCUAUCCUGCUUAUUUAAAUAAUAAGAAGACCAUCGCAGAGGGAAGGCGGAUUCCCAUAAGUAAGGCUGUUGAAAACCCUACAGCUACAGAGAUUCAAGAUGUUUGCUCAGCAGUUGGGCUUAAUGUAUUUCUUGAGAAAAAUAAAAUGUACUCUAGAGAAUGGAAUCGCGAUGUUCAAUACAGAGGCAGAGUCCGGGUCCAGCUCAAGCAGGAAGAUGGCAGUCUCUGUCUUGUACAGUUCCCAUCACGUAAGUCAGUAAUGUUGUAUGCAGCAGAAAUGAUACCUAAACUAAAAACAAGGACACAAAAAACAGGCGGUGGUGACCCAAGUCUUCAACAAGGAGAGGGAAGUAAAAAGGGGAAAGGAAAGAAGAAGAAAUGAUCUGGCAUGAGCAUCAGAUAUGUGGUUCUACUGUAAGAGACAUGAAUGGAGGCUCCUUUUGUUCAUGUCAUUCAACUGAACUACAAACAUUUGUGCCUCUCAUCUUCAUUGCAGUUAACAGUGAAAUAAAUUUACGUAAAACGUU